AUGCGUGCACGCAGGCCCUACCUGGAGGAGCAGGAGGCGGAGAAGCUGAUCAACAAGGACGCCAUCGUCAAGAACGCGCUGGAGGCCGUGCAGAGCAACGGUAUCGUCUUCAUCGACGAGAUCGACAAGAUCUGCAAGGACAAGAACUCGUACGGCGCCGACGCCUCGUCGGAGGGCGUGCAGCGGGACCUGCUGCCGCUCAUCGAGGGCACCACCAUCAGCACCAAGUACGGCAACGUCGACACCUCCAAGAUCCUCUUCGUCGCCUCGGGCGCCUUCCACUCGUGCAAGCCAUCCGACCUGCUCGCUGAGCUGCAGGGCCGUCUGCCCAUCCGCGUGCAGCUGAAGCCGCUCAAGAAGGGCGACUACUAUCGCAUCUUGACCGAGACCAAGUUCAACCAGAUCGACCAGGCCAAGGCCCUGUUGCUGACCGAGGGCGUGGAGCUCGACUUCACCGACGACGCCAUCCACGAGAUCACCAAGCUCACGGCCGAGGUCAACGAGACGGUGGAGAACAUCGGUGCGCGUCGCCUCCACACCGUCAUGGAGCGGAUCCUGGAGGAGGUCAGCUACGAGUGCACGCCGGGCAAGGUCACCAUCGACGUGGCCGAGGUCAGGAAGCACCUCAGCGAGCUCCUCCUCAAGACGGAUCUCAGCAGAUACGUUUUGUAA